CGCCCACUCCCGACACAAAACCACGCCCACCCCGCGGAUCGGAUUCCUCCACCUUCCCGGCAGCCCUCGCGGCGGGACAAGAUGGCGGCCGCCAUGGCGGCGGGACUGGGCCUGAGGGUCCCGCGGCUCCUCGGGCAGGCUGCAGGGUCCGUGCUGCGCCCCGGAGCGGCUCCGUCCUGCCUCGUCGUCCCGGUGAGAACGAGGAAGAAGAAGAGUUUCGCAGUCCCCGACUGGGCCCGGGAACUGACCCCCGAGGAGAAGAUGUGGCGGCUCAAGUCCUCGGCGCCGAUAUUUCCCGACCAACACAUAGAACGGACCUUCUACUUGGCUUCCACAGCUGACAUCAUAGAUCCAUAUGUCCCUCCCGAGGGCGAUGCCCGCCUGUCCACCCUGUCCAAGGAGGGGCUGAAGCAGAAGAUGGAUAAGCUGAAGCAGACAGCGGCCUCCCAGCUGGCCCUGCGGAAGAUCAAAGAUCACGACCCGGAUUUCAGCACUAAAACCUUCCCAGAGAAGGCUCAGGAGAUAUUUAUUGAAGCUCACAAUUCCCUGGCAAAUUUCAACAAGCAGAAACUUCACUCCCUGGUGACCGAGCGCUGCUACCCCGACAUGGUCCGUGGGAACAGGUACAAGACCAUCAGGUGGAGGUUUGUGGAGUCCCUGGAGCCCCCCAGGGUGGUCCAUGUCUGCUGUGACAGCCUCGUGAACAGGGGCAACCUCUAUGGGCAGGUGACAGUGAGGAUGCACACCCGGCAGAUUUUGGCCAUCUACGACCGCUUUGGGCGGCUGAUGUACGGUGGGGAGGAGGUGCCCAAGGAUGUUCUGGAGUAUGUUGUGUUUGAGAGGUACCUGGUGAACCCCUAUGGCUCGUGGAGGAUGCAUGGGAAGAUCAUCCCGGAGUGGGCCCCUCCAAAGGAUCCCAUUGUCAAGACGGUGAUGAUUCCUGGCCCGACCCUGGAUCCCUCACAGGAGUAUGAAGAAGUGAAGUAGGAAGUUCUGGAACCUGCACAGGGACAGCAGUGCCACCAGCCUGGGAGGGAGGGAGGACUGGGAAUGUGGCUGUGCCUGCCCUGGGAGCAGCCAGCAAACAAAGUGGCUUCAGAAAUGGACUCCAGUCACCCCGAGUUUGUCCUUAAAGGAGCGAGAGGGGCUCGGGAGAGGGAUUUGAAUGAGCCCUGAAAAGGGUUUUACUCUGUCCAAGGACUCUGUGUGCUGCAGCUUCACCCCCCCUGUGUUUGUCCUCAGGGCCAUUCUCUGUCCUGGACUUCCAUUGUGAGAGCCCUUGGCUCUUGGAGAGCCCUUGGAAGUGUGUCCAGACGUGGGAUAUUUGUCACUUCCAUGGGAAGUGCCACAGACCUGCUGGUCACUCAUUAAAACUUCCACCAGUAGCUGCUGGCACAUUGUUUUCCUGUUCCCCCUCCCUUUUCCUACUGAUUCCCAACCUCCUCCUUUUUUUUUUUUCAAACAAAAAUCCAGGGAAAAGCAACAAGAACACUUUUAAAUCCAAUUCUGGGGAGGAGGGUGCUGGGACUGGGCUCCUGCUGAGUGGGAGUUUCCCCAAGGGGCUGCAGCACAGCACUGAUAAUUCAAUUUAAUGUCAUUUUUGGCUCCUUGCAGGCCCAGCCUUUCCCAGGGCGGGGGUUUGGUGUUUGUGGGUUCUGUGUUGUCAGUGGGGGACUGGCACCAUCCUGUGGACACAGUGACAUUUGCAUCAGUGCCUGGUUGUGCAGGAUGGGUUGGGAAAACACCUCCCCAGAGGUUCCCUUUCUCCAGGGCUGGGAAUCAACCUUCUCCCUGCUCAGCCAAGUCCCUCACAGAGCCAAAUGCUCACUUAGUCACCCAGUAACAAAGCAUUUGCUUCUUCA